AUGUCUCGAUUUUUAACCACAGCCCUCCUCCUUGGACAAUCUCUUGCUUAUGACACUAUUCUCGGCUUUAAUUCCCACCCAAUAGUUGAGACUCGGUCACUUGAUGAAAUACACAAGGCUGCUCUCAAGGAGGGUGGGACAGUUACCGUGUGGCAUGGAGGCGACGAAAAGGACCAACAAGAGACUCUAAAAAGUGCUUUCGAGAACCGCUUUCCCGGAAUGACUCUAAAUAUAACUGUGGACCUCUCGAAAUAUCUCGAGGGAAAAAUCGAUCAACAGUUAUAUGAUAAUGACGUUUCCGUUGAUAGCAUAAUUCUUCAGACACUACAAGACUUCCCCCGUUGGCAACAGGAAGGCGCCUUGCUCAAUUAUGCCCCCGUCGGAUUUGACAAGGUAUAUCCUACAUUCAAAGAUUCUAUAUCAGCUUCCUGGUAUGGCUAUAGCAUCUUUUUCUGGAGCAUCUCAUGGAAUAGUGGCAAGCUACCCAAUGUCAAGAAUAUAUCCUCCUAUAGCAGUUUCUUGGAACCGGAGUUCAAAAACAAACUUGUCCUAACGUAUCCUAAUGACGACGAUGCUGUUCUCUUUGCUUUCUAUCAGAUUAUGCAAGAACUUGGAACCAAAUGGUUUGAUAGCCUUUUGAAGCAAAAUCCCCGAUGGGUUCGUGGGACUGCUACCCCUCUUACCAUCCUGAGCGCGGCCAACUACUCUCAAUCGGCUACAUUUACGAGCUUUGGUGGAUUUAAUCCCGGCAAAAACAUCAAGGUUGCCUUUCCAAAUGAUGCAAAUUUCGUCAGCUGGCCCCAGACUGCGGCAAUUCUGAAGAAUGCACCACAUCCCGAGGGCGCAAAACUCUUCCAUAACUAUCUUCUUAGCGCCGAAUAUCAGCGUACUGUUAGCUUGAGUGUUCGACAGGACAUCAAGUCUUCCGAAUCACCAUAUUCUGACAUAAUGCAUACACCCCAUACAAACCCGACGGCAUUUGCUCGGUUUAUGGACGAUCGCGUUACUGUUGAGCGGUUGAGAUUUUUCUUUGAGAAUCGCCUGGGGUCUGCGCAAGGGCUGAGCCCAUUGAUCGAUGAUAUUUAG